UCCUUUGUUAUCUUUUUAAUUACAGGCAAACAUAUAUAUAAAAAUGUCUACUGGACAACUAACUGAAGAUGAUUUUAUAUGUGGUAUAUGUUUUGAAUUAUUAGUUGACCCAACAACUUUGACAUGUGGUCACAGUAUCUGUAGAUUUUGUUUGGCGCAGUGGUGGUAUAAAUCAAAGAAAGCGACUUGUCCAGAAUGCCGACAAGUUUGGCAAGGAUUUCCAAAAGUUAAUGUCACAUUAAGAAACACUAUGAAAACAUUAUUUCCUGAUCAAAUUGAGCAAAGAAGAAGAGUGUUAUUAGAAAAUAAUGAGUACAAGAGUAUAAUUUCGAAGUUUGAAGAAUAUGGUAGAAAACAAGACACACCACGUCCUCGGUCAUUAAGCUGGACAGUAAUAUGUAUAAUGGUAGCAGUGACAGUGGCAGUGGCUGUGAUAAUCAGUGUUGGGAUAAAAUCAUUUACGGGUUUAACAAAAAAGGAUUUAAUGUCGAAAUCAUUGCGUGAUUGGUCAUCAAGUGAUGUAGGUUUAUGGAUUGGUACACUUGGACCCUGGGCAAAAGAUGUUUAUGAUAAAAGAUUUAUUGAAGCAGGUAUUGAUGGAACCCUUCUUCUCGAAAUGAAUGAGGUUGAUUUGAAAAUACCACCUAUCAACAUGAGUAUGCAUCUACAACGAAGGAUAGUUCUUGAUGCAUUGAAAGAGCUUAGACGCAGUCUUUCCCAUCAUCCAUCUGGAUUCUGGGAGUAUAAAGAACAAAAAAGUGGUAUGAUGAUGUUCAUUAUGUGUGGUUUGCGAGAGUUUCCACGCUCAACUUUAGCGUUCCUGUAUUUGUUUAAUUACUGGGACACGUUCAUGCCUAUUUUCUAUUGCACCGUCACUAUCGAUGGAAACCGCACAACAUCUGAACUUUUAGAAAUGGCACACAAUCCAACGUUGAAGAACUGGCUGGAAUUCUUGCCAUUUUACGUCCUUGUUCCAUAUUAUCUUGUUGCGAAAUUUGCAUCCCACUUUUUUGAAAUUAAUUAUUGGACAUCUCGAGUAGUUGUUUUGCAUGCAUUAUUGAUGACUAUAAUGGAAUUUACUAAAGCCAGGUUUUUCUUCAGAGGUGGACUUAGACAAUUACCAAAACUCCUUGCGAAGCAUUUCACCUAUGUGGUUUUGUUGUCCCUAUUCUGCAGAAUAGUGUGGCCCUUCAUUCCUUUCUUUAUUGCUGACUGUAUAUUUUAUUGGAUGUUAUAUGUAAGUCCAUUCGAUGCGUUAAACAGACUACGUAAAAGAUUUACGGCACUGAACAGAGGAAAUGGUGCAGAUGCGAAUUUGCAGAAUGAACAUGUGCAUCAUCAUCAUCAUCAGCAGCAUAGACAACACGUGAGAGGAUGGCAUUUUAACUUUGAAUGGAACGCAAAUUAAUUCUGACCUGUAUUGGUUUUAAAAUUUUGAAUUUUCAUGCACAGCCUAGGUGUAGAUCAUUUUUACUUUGACAUGGAACCCUGUCUUGAAAACUGUAGAAGAAAGCGCAUUGCAUAAAUUUUUUUAGUAUGCCAAACAUAAAUCCAAUUAAGUAAG